UUACCCCGCUUGUUAGGUGCAAAGUGGAAAAGCAUAAGUUUUUUCUAAAACACAAGUGUUAUAAGUUGAUUUUUGGUGUGAAGUGUGUUUAAUACCUAUCUCCAUACGGUGGUGCAGCAUUGUAAAAGCAAAAUGGAAAAAAUAAAAGUGGAAGAAUCUGCUUUGGCAACGACGCAAGAAUUGCCUACGAUAAAAGUGGAAGAAGUCAUGAUAGCUGAUGAAAAUCAAUCAGCCGGCACUAGUAAAAUAAGUUGUCUCGGUGAGGCACCACCAGUACCAGUGAUGACCACCCUGCCAGAUGGUCCAAGUUCUGUGAAGAUUGAGCCUGCGACAGACAACGUUGAAGCCGAUAAAACCCAAACUCCUGCAUCGGUGACGCCUGCUGGCGACGGCGAAAUGAUUGCUUCCAGUUCCAGCAAAGCUGAUAUUCGGGUGGCCAAAUCGGUGCCCACCGAAAAACCCUACAAAUGCAUCAUAUGCGAUAAGCAAGUUUCCAAGGCAGGUUACCUAAAGUUGCAUAUGCGUACGCAUACCGAUGGUCCACAGCAGAGGGUAAAAAAGCCGAAAAAGAUCUACCGAUGCGAUGUCUGUGGCCGAGAGGUAACCAGGAAAAGCGAUGCUGAACGGCAUGCGCUGGUCCAUUCCGGAGAGCGACCACACGAGUGCGGUGUCUGUGGCAAAACGUUCGCCGGUAUCUCGUACUUUAAGUCGCAUAUGCGCAUGCACAAUGGUGAGCAAAAGCACAAGUGCGACGUCUGUGGCGAAGGAUUCUUUUCUAAGAAGUCCCUUGCAAGCCACAAGUAUACCCACACCGGCGAACGGCCGUUCAAGUGCGACAUCUGCGGCAAAUCGUUCUAUAACGAGUUCUAUUUUACCGUUCAUGUCCGCAUGCACGCCGGAAACGCGCUGUAUGAGUGUGAAAUUUGCGGAAAAGGAUUCUGCGGAAAGGGUUCUCUAGACACACACCGGCUAAGCCAUACGGGUGAGAGGCCUUUCAAGUGUGACAUUUGUGGAAAAGAUUUUACCAAAGAGGAUACGUUGAAAUAUCAUGUGGGCCUGCAUUCGGGAGAGGAUGCCUUCAAAUGCGAUAUUUGUGGAAAAGGUUUCCAGAUCAGCAAACAGUAUGAAAGGCACGUUAAAACUCACUCCGAAGAACGACCAUACAAGUGCGAGUUUUGUGAGAAAGCGUUUAGAGCCAGCUAUGCGCUUGUUUAUCAUAGACGCGUCCAUACGGGGGAACGGCCGUAUAAGUGCGACAGCUGUGAUAAAGGUUUCAUCACGGCCGAUCGACUCAGAAUGCAUAAGGCGAUCCACAGCGCCGACAAUCCUAAACCCUACCAAUGUGAUCAGUGCGAUUCACAGUUUACCCGGAAGAGCAACCUUCGGACGCACGAGAAACUGCACAUGGCGGAUUUCGACGGCCGAAGCUACCGGUGCUACAUAUGUGGCGAACAUUUUCCAACCAAUGUGGCCCUCAAAGAGCACCGUUCGGCCGUCCAUACCGAUCGACCGCACAAGUGCGACGUUUGUGGAAAAACGUUCGUCCAGCAGGGGAUUUUGCGGAAGCAUUUGCUGCAGCAUGCCGAGCAGAAGUGCGAAAUAUGCGAUCUCCUGUGUGCUUCCGCCGACGAGCUAAAGCGGCACAUGGUCGAGCAUAUCGGCAAACGUCGGCAGCAGAAAGAGGUCGCUGCACGGGUGGCGGAACUUAAUUCACAGCAGUGAUCUUAUGAUGGACUGAAGAUUGUUUUUAGGAGAUAGGAGUUUUAUG